AUGACCCUUCUCUCCACCAUUGUCGGCUUCUCCGCGUUCGGUUUCGGCGCCCGCUGCUUCCAGCUCGGCCUCCAGAGGCGUAAUAUCUUCUCUCACCCCGAGGGCCACGUCGCGGCCGCGGCUAUCUUCGGCACGCUCGGAUACUUCAUGUACUACGGGGAGCAGCGGCAAAACGAGCUGAUUGCCCACAAGCGCAAGGUCCUCGAGGCCAACCGCGCCAGCGAGGGUGUCGCGGCAUAA